UCCGCGGAGGGAGACCGCGCCGUCCGGGUCGGCGUUCGUUGACAGUGUGGUUGGAGACCCGCCGCCGCGUGGAGGCCGCUGAGCUUCCCGACCCCCGCGCCACCAUGAGCGGCACCUUAGCCAAGAUCGCGGAGAUCGAAGCCGAGAUGGCUCGAACUCAAAAAAAUAAGGCCACAGCCCAUCAUCUGGGACUGCUUAAAGCUCGUCUGGCUAAGCUUCGAAGGGAACUCAUUACUCCAAAAGGUGGUGGAGGAGGAGGACCAGGAGAAGGUUUUGAUGUGGCCAAGACAGGUGAUGCUCGAAUUGGUUUUGUGGGUUUUCCAUCUGUUGGGAAGUCGACACUGCUCAGUAACUUGGCAGGGGUGUAUUCUGAAGUGGCAGCCUAUGAGUUCACUACUCUGACCACUGUGCCUGGUGUCAUCAGAUACAAAGGUGCCAAGAUCCAGCUCCUUGAUCUCCCAGGUAUCAUUGAGGGUGCCAAGGAUGGGAAAGGUAGAGGUCGUCAAGUCAUUGCAGUGGCCCGAACCUGUAACUUGAUCCUGAUUGUUCUGGAUGUUCUGAAACCCUUGGGACAUAAGAAGAUAAUUGAAAAUGAGCUAGAAGGCUUUGGCAUUCGCUUAAACAGCAAGCCCCCUAAUAUUGGCUUUAAGAAAAAGGAUAAGGGAGGCAUUAAUCUCACAGCUACUUGCCCUCAGAGUGAACUGGAUGCUGAAACUGUGAAGAGCAUUCUGGCUGAAUACAAAAUUCAUAAUGCUGAUGUGACUCUGCGUAGUGAUGCCACAGCAGAUGACCUCAUUGAUGUGGUAGAAGGAAACAGAGUUUAUAUUCCCUGUAUCUAUGUGUUGAAUAAGAUCGAUCAGAUCUCCAUUGAAGAAUUAGAUAUCAUUUAUAAAGUGCCUCACUGUGUACCUAUCUCAGCCCAUCACCGCUGGAAUUUUGACGAUCUGUUGGAAAAGAUCUGGGACUAUCUGAAACUAGUGAGGAUUUAUACUAAGCCCAAAGGCCAGUUGCCAGAUUACACUUCUCCAGUGGUGCUGCCUUAUUCCAGGACCACAGUAGAGGAUUUCUGCAUGAAGAUUCAUAAAAAUCUCAUUAAGGAAUUCAAAUAUGCUCUGGUGUGGGGUCUCUCUGUGAAACACAAUCCUCAAAAAGUGGGGAAAGACCAUACGUUGGAGGACGAGGAUGUCAUUCAGAUCGUGAAGAAGUAAAACCUUCCAGUUUCCUUCCUGCAAGGCCAACCACAGCAGCUUUCUCUUUGACCAAGCACCCUGCCCCGAACCUCUUCUUGUUUUGGCAGCUCCUGGAUCAGGACUCAGGGGAGGGAGUUGGGGCAUCCAAACUGGAACUUGACUUAUCUUGGUGUCACCAUGUUUAUUGAACUGCAUAAAAGACCUGGUAGGCCAGCUGGCUAUGUGCGGUUCAUAUGUCCUUUUCUUUGGAAUGAUGGGCAGAAUGAGGAUGAGUUUGCACAGUGAGGCUGCGAUGGAAGGAGUACCUCAGAGCUUGGUUUUGUGAAAUGUAUAAAAUAUAUAAAUGUGCUGUACAACAUUUUUAGUUUUAGUUUUAUUGAAACUCUUGCAAUUGGCCGUGGCCUUCAGUUCUUUAAAUGGACUUUCCUAGAUGAUAAUGAAGACAAAAGUAGAACUUGAUGUAAGUAAAUACCCAGCAAAGCUAGUCACUUAAAGAGAGAUAGUAGUAUAGCCAUUGAUACUUGAUUAGGCACAUCAAUUUGUAGUUAGGUCCAUCUGUUAUUAGCUAUGGUAUCCAGCAGAAUUACUCAGCUACCAUCAGUUUCCUCUUACACUGCAGUAAACAUGUUUGUUACCUUCUGGAAUGGGGAUUGUUAGUCUGAUGCAUAACUAUUGAUUGAAUGUUGAAAACUAUUGUUAUUGGUCCUUUUCCUUUCCUGCCUGAUAUAUUCAGCAGAUUGUAUUGGUGCUACCUCGUAAAUGGAGUUUGAUCUGUGGUACUCCAUAUGGUCCUGAGCCUUGCCAGGAGAGAUCUCUGAGUACUACCUGUGUGUGGCCCAAAAUAAAAAACCACUUGGUGACAGGUAAA